CGCGCAGUGAGCGAAGCUACCGCGUUUUGCUCCUAGGGCAACUGACAAAAGUGAAGUGUUCCUCUCGCCAUCUCGCUCUGUCGGCUUGGUAAAAACUUGUCGGAUACGAUCAACUCGCGUGGCUAGAGUAAAAUCGCUGCCGCCUCUCUGGUUUAGUAGAGUCCAACACGUAUACAUAUAUUGAUAUAUACAUAUUAUGCAUAUAUACAUGUUUAAACGGUUAAACGUCUUUUAGUGCGUCACAGUGUGCGUCGGUAGCGUUGAUUUUUACAUGAAAAAUAUCGUGAAUCCCGCUCUCGGGUAUGUAGUAGUGCGUACGUGUGAUUCAACAAGUUUGCCACGAUGUUCGUAUUUUAUAUAUUAUUAAAUCGCGACUCGGUGGUUGGGUGAAUAAAAUAAAUCAUUUGGGCUGCGGAAGUAAAGCGAAUGAUAAUAUAUUGAUAAAUAUAUAUAUAUAUAAUAUAUAUACGUGUGCGCGCGUGUCUCACCGGCAGGCGUGGGGAGCAGAAAACAAGGCGGCAAAACAGAUGAACUCGUUUUUUUUUUUUUAUGAUGCUACAUUACUAUAACCUAACAAUCAUUUUUAUAAAAUCUUAGCUGUUCCUGCUUCGUGUUUCUUGUUUCUUUUCGGUUUUUCAUUUCUGGGUUUGCCAACCAGUUGGGUAUCACGAGCAGUCGUAAAAAUCGUGAGUGCUCUUGGGACUUAUAUGUAUAUAGGCAUAGGAAUUCACAAGGACGCUAAAAAGCUACUUUUCACCGUUGAAAACGCUCAGUUUUUAUCACGUCAGUGCUCCGCUAAACUGUGAUUUCGUUUUUUCGUCGCAGAAAAAGCGAAAGUCAGUGAAAAAAGAGAAAAACGACGAAUUGAAAGAAAAAAUACAGACAAUAGCCACGAUGGAGUCAACGACGGUUGAGGUGAAUGGCGGGAACGCCGAAGUGGCGCGCGACGAACCUAACCUCGAAAACGUUGAAACACCGAUGAAUGAAACUACCAACAACGAUAGCCUCGAUGGUAAUAAUACGAAUACGCUGACCAGCAUUAAAAUGGAGGAAACGCCAACAGAGGUUAACGGCGAUGUCAAAACUACCAAGAAAAAACUAACACCCGGAGCCAAAAGAAAAUUACGGAAAAUCAAAGCCAACUCUACGGGAAACUCCGAUACUGAUGUUAAACCACAUACCAGAGGACAAAAACGCAAAGUUUCCGAACCCGACGAUUUGAGCUCCGAGGAUUCGGCCGAAUUCAAUGGUUUCGACACUAAAGUACUCGAUAGUACCGAACCUGGUUCUCACGUUCUGCAAAAACUCAUUGCCGAAGCUGAAUCAGCAGACCAAACUCUAAUCCUACAGACCAAAAGACUGCGGCGUUCCACAGCAAAAGCACUAGCGAACAUGAAAAGCGAAGUCAAAGAUGAGGAUAUGGAUUUGGACGAGAGCAAAGAUGAUAUUUCUAACAGAGUAAAGAAAGAAAAAGAAUCUGACACGGAUUCGAUAGGGAUACCAAACAGCGUAGACUCAGAAACAGAUCCCUUGAAGACGGAAGAGUCUUCUCUCAAAUCUGCCAAUUCCUCCGCUAACAGUAGCCCUUCAGGCAUCAGACCAAAAUUAAAAAUAGGAAAAAUUGUGCGUAACAUGAGUCCAGCAGGAGGAGCAAAAUCUAAAGUGGUAGACAUGAGCAAUCCUCUCUUCAGAGAACCUUUCAAAUAUGGAUGGAAGAGAGAAUUGGUAUUUCGAGCUGGAUCCGAUCAACAUACUGUCAGAAGAAUGGCUGAUAUUUAUUAUUAUACACCAAAGGGCAAGAAAGUUCGGAGUUUUAGAGAAGUUGCUGAAUUUUUACAUACAAAAGAGCUCACGAUAGACAACUUCACAUUUUUCAAAGAGCCCCUGGGCGUUAACAAUCCAGAUUUUGAAAUAAUAAGAGAUGCAAGAGUUCGUGACUCCACAGGAUAUACACCGACACCACCAAGGAGAAGUCUCCCGGCGAAGAAAUCCCUCACCAAGAGAAUCGUAGAAAAACCUUUGACUCCACCAUUGCCGGCCAAACCUGCUGCAAAAUCGCCCAAAGUUACACCCGCUGCCAUCAAAGUCAAACUACCUGGCAAGAAAGGACAAGCCAAGAAAGUGAAAUCUCCAGCGAAACGAGCACCUGAGCCGCCGAUGCUACCACCACAAUGGAGUUCACCAGCAGCGACGAGAAGGAGUCAACCGAUCGUUGAAAAAACUCCACCGGCAAAACUGAAACGCGGUCCAAAGGCCAAACUUCAGGAACCGUGCAGCAUUAGAUGCUCUUCGAGUAUGGGACUCAUUCCCAGCUUACAAUGCUCACUCUGCUUGUGCUUAUAUCAUCCUGAAUGCGUCGGAGCUCCGGAUAUUUCUCCAACGGACGAAUACGUAUGCAAGAAUUGUCAUGAGGAUUCAGACAAAUCUCCACAACCUGGAGCAGGAUCUGCACCACCACCACCCGCUCUGAUCCCGAUAAGCAUGAUGAGUAGUCAAAACGCAGCAAAAGUUCAACCGAGCGUGGUAACUUCACCUAAACCGACAAAAACCGUGAAAACCGAAAGUUCCAAAAGUGAGCCAAGACGAUUAGAAAAAAAACGUAAUCUCUCAAGAUCUCCGAACGUUUCACCAUCAGCGGAGAGAAAAGAUACAGCUUGGCUACACACCGGAAAUGAGUUUCUUCGUGGGCACGACGGUACGGUUCCAAAACCGGCUCAAAAUAUCGCUCUUAUGGCAGGGAAGCGUUAUAUCGUCGUGCCCAAAAAUAAUGCGAUGGCUGUACAGCCCGCGAUCACAGUUAGACCCGAUAAGAUCGGUGACAAAGCUCCGACACUUCUGGAAGUUUCGCAUUCUGAUACGACCGCAGAAAACUCACGAUUCUCGUCGAGAUCGAUAAACGACGAUGUCAAAUCUAACUCUAUGGAAACCGAGACUAACGAAGAAGCUGAAGUAUUAACGGAAAUUGUCGAAACAGUCGGUAAAAUUCACGAAACCUUGGAGAAAGAUCAAGAAUUGGAGAAUCUUCGAUUAAACCUCAACACCGAAAAUAAUUCGAGCGAUUCCUCUGAAAUUUACAAAUCUGACAAAUUUGUUAGCGAAAACGAAGAGCAAAAAGAGGAGGAAGAUCGAAAAACGCACAAAGAAGAUGUCGCUCAAUUGAUUAACGAAUUAACAGACGAAUCUCCGAUUGCCGACGAAACUCAGCUCAUUCCCACGGAAACAGAAACUCCCAAGGAACAAUUAGAAACUGCGAACGAACAACAGAUUGUUGAGCCCGAAAAAGUAAAAGAUGUUCAAGAUGAACCUCAUUUAGAAAUCACCGAAUCACAAAUAAAUCAAGAAAAUGUUGACACCGCCAUCGAUCCUGAAAAUUUAUUGCGCGAAAUUCCAACUUCUCGUUCUGACAGCUUGGAAUCAAAUAAUUUUACGACAAGUGCAGUUUGUGUACAACCAAGCAAAAAGAAAAAGCUCGCUCCUCUCGAAAACGAUCAAAGGCACUUCAUGGUCUCCGUUUGCGCCGGCUAUAAUGCUCUAUCACGCAUUUUUCAAUAUCUCAAAGUACAAGAAUUGUUGCGAGCCGCUCGCGUGUGCAGAAUGUGGCGUGACCUCGCGGCACAUCCAAAUUUAUGGAAAACUGUGAGAAUGAAAAACAGUCAAGUCACGGAUUGGGACGGUCUCGCAGAUUCUCUCAAAAGACAUGGCACUCAACAUUUGGAUCUUCGAAAAAUGCUGGUCGCCGGUGAAUCUGAUGGUAUAUGGAAAAAAUUCGUAACCGUUAUUCCACGCGUCACCAGCCUCGUCAAACUUGAACUUUGCCGCUGCCCUGUUAUGGUCGUCGAAGAAGUUAUCAAGAGUUGUCCUCAACUAGAAGUCCUCAGCGCAAUGUCCAUCAAAUGCGACACUCUCAAUCUCGAAUCUGUCGGAAAUUUGAAAUCCUGUCAGGAACUUCGACUCAAAGCUAUCAGCGGCAUGUCCUUGGAAGGAGAUUUAUCACCCCUUCAAGAACUAACGCAAUUGUCGCAUCUGAGUUUAACGUCAGUGAAAGAUCUGGGAAAGAAAAACAUCGACAUAUUAGGAUCGUUGAUAAAUUUGGAGACGCUAGAGUUGGGAGAGUGUUCCGAUUUCCCAGAUAAAUUCGGUACCUCCGUGCUGUUGAAAUUGGAAAAAUUAGAACGAUUGAGGCUCGAGAAGGGACAAGGAACGUGUUGCACUUUCGACAUUCUCGAUGGCGUUUCGAAACUCCCGACGUUAAAUCAAUUGGAAUUGGUCAAUUUCGACGUCAAAAACGGCUUCGACAAAUGUUUGUCGAAUUGCAAAAACAUCAAGAGGCUUCUCAUAAUACCGACUUACAUUUCCCAAUCCGCAACAUCGAACAAUAUGGUUCUGCGUGGUGUCACCGAAUUGUCCAACAACUUGACCCACUUCGUGUGGGGUGUCACCCUCGAAUUGCUCAGGGUCACCGAACUUUUUGUUGAUCAAUGCAAUCAAAUGAGCAAACAAGUCACUGGUGAUUCGAUACCGGUCCUGAAACCCGUUCCGUGUUUGAAACUCAUCAAAGACGUUGAGGAAGACGAUGCGACCAAAGGAGACGAUAAAGCGCAGCCAAGUUUGACGAAUCCUCAGGUCGAUAUUUUGCCGCUACCACAAUUGCAAAAGCUAUUGUUAACGGCAUUACCAAAGACGCGGGUCAAGAUUUUGAAGAUACCUUUCCACGCGACGUGGCGCCAGAGCAUUUCGGACACGACAACGCAAUAAAUCAAGACUUGUUUAAGAGUAAAAAUAAAAACAAAAUGGAAGAAAGAAUAAAGAAUCGGAAUAGAUGCACGGAAGUGGGGACGUGAAAAAAAAGUUAAACGUUCUUGAGAGCGAAAAAUCUAGAAGGAAAUUAUGAAAAAGAGAAUCCGUCAUUGCUGUUCGCACAAUCUUUUUCCUGAGUGUUUUGUGAAAAAUAAAAACGGACAAACCAAAAUGAGGUAUCAUUACGCGUCGAACAAGAUUGUGAGAAGAUUUAAGGUUAUGAACGUUGUUCGAAAACAUCUGACGAAAAAACAAAUCGUUGGAUCGUAACGAAAAAACUGCAGAGCCAUUUUUAUCAUCAGCCCAAUUCCCUUUCUCAUGUGCUUUAUGAAUAAUCAGUUAUUGGAUUCCAUCAUGAGUUUUUUCUCGAGAGUUUCGAGCGCGCGACUCUGAACACAUUAUUUGUCCGUUUAAUCGUGUGUCCGUGACUUGUGAAGCAAGAAACAUGAAGAGAGAAAUAAAGCAAAGAAAAAGUGACCACUAAGAAUAUGACGGAGGCACGUGUCUCAUACACGACCAAAUUGACACUGAAUUUGUAACAAAUAUGGAAAAAAAAUAUAGCACGAUACGAAUCAUGUAUUGAGAGCAUGUUGAAUGAAAUGGAAAGGAAAGGUGAGAAUUAACGCUCUAUCUAGACUAUAGGCUGUAUAAAAUAUCUUAUUAUUAUUAUUAUUAUUAUUAUUAUUCUACUGUAACUGUAUCUUGUAUCUUUAGAUGACUAAGAUAAUAGAAUUUUUACGCUGCGAAUGCGGAGCGAACGAAAUAGUGAAGGAAAAACAACCACAUGCACACUUACACUUUUUAUUUUUAUCAUUAAAAUUUAUUAGGAUGUACACCAAUGUACAUAUUCGAUUGAAUAGUCGUUUUCCAUACUAUUCAUUCAUAUUGUUAAAUUCUUCGCUUCUCCAAAAAAAUCGCUUCGUUCCGACUCUUAAUGAAUAUGAAUAAAAAAAUAAAUAUUAUUUCGUUGCGUUCUUUAUUUUAAGUGGAUAAAUUAUGAAGUGGCGGUGCGGGAUAAAUUCUUCGUACUCCUCAACCAAAAUUCGAAAGAUGAACAAAAGAAAUGUAAACAUAUGUCUAUAUAUAUUUUAUACAAAAGAAAGAAAAAAAGGGAGAAACGAAGAACAGGUGGGAUCGUAUGAGCAUGUUUCUAGUUUUGCUAUUCGGAGCUGAAUCGUUUUUUUGGAAAUUUGAUUUCAACGCGAUAAUUUUAUCGACACAGAAUCAUCACGAGAAUUUUUAAUCUCACAAAAUUAAUUGUACAAAUGAUUUACUUGGCACACUUUAUUCCCCCUUUUCUUUCCUUCACUUCUGUCUAUUUUGAUUCUGUUAAUAACACUCACUUUGCAGCGCAAAGAACAUUGUUUUCGUUGAAUUUCACAUGAUUUGUCAUUUAAACGUUAUUGGUUGCUAUUUGCGACUAGAGAAACAAGCGAUAUUUUCGUUUUCAUGUAAAAAAAAAUUGCACGCGAUCCCACCAUUAAAGAAAAUAGGAAAAAACUUAUAAAAACAUUGUCUAACACUCGUGCACAUUGAAAAAAACUUCUGGAUGUAUGAAAAGACGAGAAAGCAGAGAGCGAAGUUUUUAAAAAUGUGCUAUCGGCGAAUGAAACACGAUUGAUGUAAGUUGUUUGCAUCGAUUUAUGACAAAUAAAACAAAAUCUAAUUAUAUAUAUAUACAUAUAUAAUUAUAUAAAGUGACGUAGAUAAUAAAGGGUGAUAGCUCAUAGUUGUAACUUUAAUAGUUGAUUUUUAAGUAUGUAUAUGAUAUAUGAAAGAGAAAAUGAAAUUUUGGCAAGUUGAUUUUAGAUUAAUGAGUAUAAAUGAUUUCUAAAGCAA